AUGGAAUCUCCGCAAAGGCCCUCAUCGCGGACCUCCUCUUCCCAGAACAGGGCAAAGAAGCGGGCACCCUCGAGCCGUCAUCGUCGCGAUGAUUCGGAUGGAGAUGUCACUCCGCCUGAGGGUUCCAACACCGACGACACCACCGACGGCGACUCAUCGUGGCCCCAGUACACCUGGCUCGUGAAGCCUCCGCGUGGGAAGCGAUAUGGGCUUGAUGACCAGAACGAGCGGAUGCGUGCUGUUAUCCAGGAAGCUCUCAAUAGCAUCCAUACUGACCUAUGUUUCGUAAAUGCUUUCCCCAGCUUCGCCGAUAAGACGAGAAUGGUGAGCAAGGCUCUCGUAACAGCUGCGCAGAAGCUAGGCUAUCGCAGCAUACGUGGGCGACUCGAGGCACCUGGUCAACGGCAGUGGUUCAAGAAUCUGAGUGGGAUCGUCUUCAACCGCAUUAGUACCUUUCGUACGAAGGUUAAGGCAGCGGCAGUCCUUCACUUCACGUCAUAUCUUGGAAUCAAGCCACGAGACAAAGCAGCCGUCGCCAAGUGGAUUGCGGACGAUUCUUUCAUCUAUCCGGGCAGCACCGAAGGGUACCGCUCGCCAGUCAUAAAGGCUGUGAUCGCGGAGGCGUUCUUCUCAAAGGGCAAUGCUAUUGGUAGCCAGAACCCAGAGAUGUUUCCGUCAAGCCGUACAGAUCUUCCUGAUGAGAAGGAGAUCCCUGCUCCCAUGGUCGCAUUGGCAGCAACAGCGAUUCUCUGUGCCUUGGAGUCGUACAAAGAAGGAUAUUUCGAGAAAUGCCCCUUCACAGCGAGCAAGUAUAAAUCUGCUUAUGAAUCCCACUUGGGGUCAUUGCUGCACCUCAGGAAGAACGGCCUUGCGGCAUAUCAUUUCUUGAUGCACGAGCUGUACAACGAUGCGCAGUGA